UCGGUUCGCUGAUUUCGUGAUUGUGUAUAAACAUUUUCCUUAUAUUCAUGAGAAUUCUUAAAAAUAUUUAAUCUCUUCCUAUAAAAUUCAUUGUUUGUAUAACAAUACAUACGGUUUAAAUGCGCAGAAACGCGUAAUUCUUUACAAUAUGUCGACUAAAGACAAGUGGGUUCGCCGGUUCACCGUUGAUGAAACUGCAAAACACAAAAAUGGAUUUACGAUAUACAAAAUUACUUCUGUGUUAUUUCCAUUGGAGUCUCCGGAGGCAGUAACUGUGGUGUCAGUAUGGAAACGCUACAGCGACGUCCAGGCAUUACACCGCAGUAUAAAAGCAUUACAUUCCGGACUACAUCUACGAGGAACUUUCCCUGUACUGCCAAAGAAUAACUAUUUUAAGAGAUUUCAAUCUGAGGUAAUAGAAGAAAGAGCAAAAUCAAUAAAAACCCUGCUUGAAUUUGUCGCUGAACAUAAAUUGUUGUUCACUAGUACUGUUUUUGUCAAUUUCCUUCAAUCGGGAUACCCAGAGCCAGUUCCUCAAGGUGGUGUGAUCAAUGCCAUCAGGAGCUCUUUGCACCUCCCCAUAGAGGACACUCCUCCCUUAGAGUAUCAGACCUCUGACGAUGACUCCCGCAGCCCUAAUAGUGCGAAAACACCCCAAGAGAACAUGGAGUCAAAAAAUGUAGAUAUAUCCCAAAUACCAAUAUACGAAGCAGCAGAUGUAGAACUUCGUCAGUCACCAAAAAACACACGAACAGACAGUUUUGAAUCUAUCAACUCAAUAGAAAGUAUUAAUAGCGAUUUCUAUGACGAAUUAAAUAAAAUAACAAUAGAUAAAACUAAACCGAGUGUAAAAACAAAGAAUGUUUUACCAGAUUUAAUUAAUUUCGACGCCCCUUCGACGUCAAAUGCGUUGAAAUUCGAUGACUAUCAUACUAUGGGGACUGAAACAGAUGCAAUAACGAGCGAUUCUCCGAUACGUGUGAAAGAGAUGGAGAAUAGCUACAUAUUCGAGAGUCCGUUGUACGAUACGAAUACUGAUGACUGCGUGACGUCACGUGCUAUGGACGACGAAGUCGAUGGUGUUCCGUCUCUGUCUAAUGAGAUGCGUGUGAAAGAGACGGAGAUAUACGAAGGUGUUUCCCUGUCUAGUGAAGUGCGUUCUAAUGACUCGGAAAUAUACGAAGGUGUUUCAUCUCUGUCUAGUGAAGUGCGUGUGAAAGAGACGGAGAUAUGCGAAGAUGUGUCAUCUCUGUGUAGUGAGAUGCGUGUGAAGGAGACAGAAGAUAGUUAUGUGUUCGAGGCGGGGUAUUUGCUGUCUCUGGGAGCUAGGUCUGAGGAUAGUGGUCACUACCGCCGAGCUUUCCAAUGCUACCGCGCGGGAAUUGAGAAGAUGCUUAUUGGAGUUAGAUCUGAUUCUGAUGCACAAAGGCGUGCUAUCAUCAAAGAGAAGAUCAACAAAUACCUGAGUUAUGCGGAAACUAUUUACAACAACCAUCUUGUAAAUACAGAAGAUAAUGUGAGUGAGGAGGGUGAGGUGUGUGAGGUGGGGGAGGUGGGGGAGGUUAUAAGAAAAAUUCCACACAAUUUAACGGAAUUCGACGAAUAUUUCUUGCAACGCACAAACGAGACGAGACAACCAAUUCUGCCUACCCUUAUACCGUAUAUGGUGCCGUUACACGCGUACAUACAGACAAACAACCUAAUAUUCCUUAUAUUAUCAUAUGCACCGGGAAAAAAACUAUUCGAUUACAUAAAAGAAUACAAAUCAAUACCGAAUACACCGAACAGACAAGUUAAUUUGGAAAAUGUAUUCACAGAACCUACAAAAAAACAAGAAGUGAAUGAUAAUGAAGUAAAUACGAUACAAGAUGUUAAUAAAAAUGAUUCAAAUGAUUUGUCAGUUAGUGAAUUGGUAAGAAAUUCACAAAAGUUAUUGCAAAAUGUUGAUAAAGUGUUGACCGAAGUCAGAGAAAAUAUUGAAGAUGUCGGAGAAAUACAAGGAAAUGAAACUAAAGGAAACGAAGCAAUUGAAAAGCCUUUGAUAAAUAGGUGUGUGCCCGCCGGCGCCGUCUGCCGCUGGGCGGCGCAGCUGCUGCUGGCUAUCGAGGCGCUGCACAACUGCGGCGUCGUCUGCGGAGACCUCCACCCUCGUAACAUCCUGUUAGGCGAGAAGGGUCAAAUAAUUCUGACGUACUUCAUCCACUACCCCGGCGUGGAGAUGUCGGUGUGCAAGGCGCGUGUGUUCGUGGACACCGACAGGGGAGGGGACAGCGAGGGGACAGACAGAGCGGGCAGGGAGGGGGUGUGUGACUAUUGGAGCUACGGCGCUAUAUUGUAUGAACUUAUCUGUGGAUUGCCCACAUAA